GCAGACUCCAGAUUCCCGGACAUAAGCGCACGCGUGGAUUUGUAGUUCAACUGCAGAUUCUUAUCUCUGUAGAACGAUGAGAUCUAUGGAAUCUACCGGUAUUGUAGCUGAUAAGUUCUGCAUUCUACUUACUUUUGAAGACACUAAGUCCAACAAACUGCUUUGAAUAUGUCUAUGUUUUUAUGCUUUUGGUUCUAUAUAUGGUUUACAUGUUUCUGAAAAAUUUCAAUUUAAUUUAUACAGAAAUUUCCUGCAAAUUUUAUGCUGAAAUACAGUUCUUUAUUGGAUGAUUCGAUGGAAAUUAAACUACGGAAUGGUUAUAUUCAACCUGUUCAAGUUGAUAAAUCUAAGUGUCAAAUGAAAGGUGUUAAAUGGUUUUUCAAUACUCUGGAGCUCAAAGGGGGCGAGUUGCUUGUUUUUGAGUACUUUGGCCGCUCUAGAAUCAAUCUUUAUAUAAUUGGUAGCAAUGGUACAGAGAUACGUUACCCAGACAGAGUACAUAUUUUACAGCGAUGUUCCCCGGGAAUAGUUACCCUUGCUGAUGGUGGCUGGAGGUUUGUCACAACUCGUAGUGAUUUGGAUGCUGUUAUUGGUUACAUUGAUCCUCCCGCUGCCUUCAUUGAUCGAUGUGGUUUUGCAUUGCCGAAGCGUAUUAUAUACCUUCUGAGUAAUGGAAAGAAAUUUGUUGGGUCAUAUGAUUCUGAGGCCUGUCGGUUUUCUGGUUUGAAAUCUAUGUUUGAUAUAGUAGGUUUAGAUGUUAUCCAUGGUGUGCGUACCUUUUUGUUUACUUAUGAUGGAACCGAAAGGAUUGUUAUAUCUGCAUUUGAUUCGCAAUAUAAUGAGAUUGUGUUCCAAGGAACACCACUUUGUAUGGGUAAAUAAUCUCAUUACGUUAAAUAUUUAGUAC